AUGUCAAUAGCAUCAGAUACAAAUGUGUUCACGGUGAUAUGCUUUGACAGAAUGGCUAAAGUUAUUUUUGGGUGCUCUGCUGAUGAGUUCUUUGACUUUGCCAAGCUUCAUCCUUUUGCUGCUGUAUCUGCUAGUAGAAUUCUUGAGGGAGAGAUGUUUAAAAUGAUACUGUCCAAACCAAAGAAUGGUAAUGCACAACAUCUGCGAGUUGUUUCCAUUGUUCCAUUGAGAACAGGUUUUCAGCCAGCAAUUGAGACAUUAAGAAAAUUAUAUGGAAAACGAGUUGGUUGUUAACUGUUUUCGCUUAUUGUAUCUAUCACUGGGACUUCUAUGUACUUAUCUAAGGUUGAAGGACUCUUGUCAUUUCGUCUUAUA